AUGAAACGACCUUUCCCUUCUUUUUUACUUCAACGUUUGGUGUUAAAACCUUUUAGAGAAGAAAUAAAGAAUUCAAUAAAUACACGCGGAAUUCAUCCAAAACUUGUUGGAUUUCUUGCUAAUCAAGAUCCUGCGGCUUUCAAGUAUGCGGAAGCUACGGCAAAGACUUGUGCCGAAACAGGAGUGAUGUUUGAAUUGAAGAAAUGUAAUAGAGAGGACUUAGAAGAUGAAAUCGUGAAAGCUAAUGAAGAUGAAAAUAUAAAUGGAAUAAUGGUUUAUUACCCAGUUUUUGGAGAUCGUCAAGAUCAAUAUCUUCAGAAUGUUGUUGAUUCAUCUAAAGAUGUCGAAGGGCUAUGCCACAAAUAUAUAUAUAACAUGUAUCACAAUAUUCGAUUUCUUGACAAGGCACAAACCAAAAAAUGUAUCAUCCCUUGCACACCUUUAGCUAUAAUCAAAGUAUUAGAAUAUGUUGGUGUAUACAAUCCAAUUCUCGCAUACGGAAAUCGUUUGCAUGGUCGUGUGAUCACCAUAGUAAAUAGAAGUGAAAUUGUUGGACGCCCUCUUGCUGCAUUAUUGGCUAAUGAUGGAGGAAAAGCUUAUUCUGUUGAUAUUAAUGGUGUUCAAGAAUUUAAUCGUGGUACUGGAUUAAGACUUAAAAAACAUGAGGUUAUCGACACGAAUCUUAAACUUGAAGAUGUGAUUCCAAUAUCCGAUGUUGUAAUAACAGGUGUUCCAUCACCAUCAUAUAAAAUUCCAACAUCCUUAUUACGGGACGGAGUAGUUGCAAUAAAUUUUUCAACAUAUAAAAAUUUUGAAGAUAAUGUUAAAGAAAAGGCCAGCAUUUACGUUCCGACAAUCGAUGACGGUCCUAAAACUAACUUAAGAAGCAAAUCAAAUAAAAUAACUAAAUCUGAUCUUCCUCGACGCGGUUGUUUAAUUUCGGGUUCUCGACGCAAUGAAAAGAUUCGUGUUCAUUUUGCUGACGAAGUUGUUAACAAUGAAAAAGCUUCUCGGAAUCCUGCUACUAAACAUCACGUAGCUCAAAAUUCAAACAUUACUUAUUAUAUGUAA